AUGUCCGAUUGGGAAGAUGAUUGUGACCAACAGCAACAACAAACUGCUUCUACCACGCAUAAAAGUAGUUCCUCUUCCUGGAGAGGUAGUGGCAGAGACGAUGACUAUGGUGGAAGUGGCGGUGGUCGCAAACACUCAUCUUUAACAUCCUCGUCAUCGAAGAAAUAUCAGGAUACCACAGAUAUGCGUCAAAAUUCCAUUGGCCGUAUUAUUGGGCGAGGCGGAUCGAAUAUACAGAAAUUGGAAUCGGAUUACAGUGUUCGCGUGGAGAUUGAUAAAAAUCGUGGAACUGUUACAGUGUCGGGUAACAGUGACAGCGAUGUAAAGGACGCCAUGCGAGAAAUUAAAAGUAAAAUGAGCGAUUCGGAUGGCCGUGAUCGGGAACAACGUGGUCGUGAUCGUGAUAACUAUUCGUCCAGAAGAAACAAUGACUAUGAUAAUAAUUCCAGGAGAAAUAAUGACUAUGAUAACAAUUCCAAGAGAAAUACUGACUAUUAUGGAUCAUCCUCUUCGUCCUCGAACAGGUAUGGUGGCAGUGGAGGCGGCAGUUCCAGUCGAUACCAAAGUAGUUCAUAUGACAAUAACAGUUAUGGUAAGCAGCAGUCAUCAACAACGACUGCCAAGGAUGAUACCUACGACAGUGACUCGGGCACAAACAAUGGUGCCGUAAUCGAUUGGGAUAAACUAAAUCAACGGGCCGAAAUUGAACGCAAAAAACGAUGGGCCAAAUGUCCACCGCUACGUAAAGAUUUCUAUCAAGAACAUCCCGAUGUGGCAAAUAUGAAUGCCGAAGAUGUGGCCCGCAUUCGUUUGAAGAACAACAAUACGACUGUGAGUCGUGUCUUUGCCAAAGAUGACAGCGAUGACAUUCCAAAUCCAGUUACAAAAUUUGAACAUUGUUUUGCUCCCUAUCCGGACUUAAUGGCGGAAAUACAAAAGCAAGAUUUUAAAAAACCCUCACCCAUACAGGCUCAGGCGUGGCCAAUUCUAUUGAAGGGUGAAGAUAUGAUUGGUAUUGCUCAAACGGGUACUGGUAAAACUUUGGCAUUUUUAUUGCCCGCCAUGAUACACACCGAAUAUCAAAGUAUACCACGUUCCCAACGGGGAGGACCUAAUGUGCUGGUUAUGGCUCCGACCCGCGAAUUGGCUUUGCAAAUUGAAAAGGAAGUCAAUAAAUAUUCGUUUCGUAAUAUGAAGGCGGUAUGUAUUUAUGGCGGUGGUAGCAGACGCGAUCAAAUCGGUAGCGUUGAAAGUGGAGCGGAAAUUAUUAUUUGUACACCUGGACGUUUGAAUGAUCUCAUACAAGCUAAUGUUAUUGAUAUUGCAACUAUUACGUAUUUAGUAUUAGAUGAAGCCGACCGUAUGUUAGACAUGGGUUUUGAACCCCAAAUUAGAAAAAUCCUCUUGGAUAUACGACCAGAUCGUCAAACGGUUAUGACCAGUGCCACAUGGCCACCGGGUGUACGUCGUUUGGCCGAAAGCUAUAUGAAUAAUCCCAUACAAGUUUGUGUUGGUUCCUUGGACUUGGCUGCCACCCAUACGGUGAAACAAUUAAUUGAAAUUGUCGAAGAAGAUGAGAAAUUUUAUUUGGUAAAAAGUUUUGUCAAAAAGAUGGCCUUUGAUGAAAAAGUUAUAAUUUUUUGCGGUAAAAAAGUUCGUGCCGAUGAUCUGUCAAGUGAUUUGACUCUGGAUGGUUUUCGUUGUCAGUGUAUUCAUGGAUCUCGUGAUCAGUCUGAUCGCGAACAGGCUAUUGCCGAUAUUACCUCUGGUGAGGUAAACAUUCUCAUUGCCACAGAUAUUGCCUCACGUGGUUUAGAUAUUGAGGACAUAACCCACGUUAUAAAUUUCGAUUUUCCACGCAACAUCGAAGAGUAUGUACAUCGUGUGGGCCGUACAGGACGCGCUGGACGCACUGGUACAUCGAUUAGCUAUAUAACACGCUCCGACUGGGCAAUGGCUCCUGAAUUAAUCGAUAUCCUCGAAGAGGCUGGCCAAAAGGUGCCAAGUGAGUUGCGCACAAUGGCUGAACGCUUUGCCAAAGCCAAAGAACGUCGUGCCGAAGAGAAUAAAACCUAUAAUCGUAUGCGAGGUGGUCGAGAUAAUUAUGGUAAUCGUAGCGGAGGUGGCGGCGGUGGUGGUCGCCGUGAUCGCUAUUAA